CAAUUUUUUUACUUUUCUUUUAAAUGCCCCUCACCAGGUUUGGUCGUUCAAACAUGCAAGCGCAGUGCAUUCUGCACACGCUGACGAUUGCGUCUGCACCCCCGAAAACCACCGAAAUUUAAAACCGAACGCUACGUGUCCUCGCUCUCGAGAAAAGCGUCGCUACAAACCAGGGAGUAUAGAUAGCACGCACAACAACGGUGACGUAAAACACAGUCCUAGCAUCGUAGCAACUUAUUAGGGUAGAGCUUUGGCGAGUUAGCCGUGGUUCAUAACAGCGGUGUUUGCGUAGCGCACGAAAGUAGGCAAGGAAGGACAGAGACGAGUAAGUAGCCAGUCUCAUGUGUUACGCGAACGCCGCCGUUACGAUCCUGGCAACGUCUCUCACGAUGACCUGUCACUUCGGUAAAUCGUCCAAAGCGAAACACACAACGACGCCACCAGGAAUGCACCGCGCAGAAAAGAAAGAAAAAAGGAAAAAAGGAUAAAAAAACAAACGAAAAAGAAAAAGAGGAAGAAAAAAAAACUAAGGUGGGGCUCGUCAUAUCAGAUCGAAGCGGUUCCUCGGCUCCGGUAUGGGAGAAGGAGGGGAAGGAACGUUGCUUGCGGGCGCUACUCAAGACAGAGGGAGAGAGUGCACCUGUUGGGAUUCAAGCUAUAGGCUCUUGGUGGUACGGUAAAGCGGCAUUUAAUUUCUUCUCUCUCCUCUAUGAAUAAAUUGAUUAAAAUAUAUUUCGGUAAAACAAUCCCUAUAGACGGUCGUUCUAGAAAUUUCAGGGUAUAACUAAAAUCUACAAUAGGGCCCGGUGAGGUGCGCUUUCAGUGUUCCUCGUUUUCAUAUAUUUUCUGUUCUCUCAAUUACGCAGAGACUACGGAAAGCCAAGAUGGCGGCGGCCACCAAUGACACCCUUGAGAAGAGCACCAUCGUCGAGAACUCUGUGUACAAGUCCUUCGUCGACAAUCCCAUCUAUUUCCUGGCAAACUUGCAGCAGCUGGGUGACCCCCGUACACGCCACUACCCUCUGGUGAUGAACCCGCUGUUCGUAUUUCCUCUCGUCGCCCUCUACAUAUACUUCGUCAAGGUCUCUGGUCCACGCUGGAUGAAAGACCGGCCACCUUUCCGCAUUGACGGUCUAGUGCGGCUGCACAACCUUCUCAUGGUGCUGGCCAAUGUCAAACUCUGCGCCACGCUUAUGUGCUCCACGUACCUGCCCGGUGGCAGCUACAGUUUCUGGUGCCAGGGCAUCACUGGCCGCGUCGACAACAGCCUCCAGGAGUUGUACAGGACCGGUUGGGUCUACGUACUUUUCCGAUAUGUGGACUUUUUGGACACCGUGUUCUUCGUGCUCCGCAAGAAGUUCAACCAGAUCACUCACCUCCACGUCAUCCACCACGUCAUGGUGACGUUGAACGUCUGGUUUUGGGUCCUCUUCGCCCCGGAGGGUCAAGUGGCAUUCAGCCUGGCGCUCAAUUCCUUCGUGCACGUGGUGAUGUACUCCUACUACUUGUUGGCCAACAUGGGACCGACGAUGCGCAAGUACCUUUGGUGGAAGAAGUACCUGACCACGCUCCAGAUAGUGCAGUUUGUGAUAAUAGUCGUGCACAUGUCCAUACCACUAUUCGUCGACUGUGGUUUUCCCCGGUACCUCAUAUUCUUGGGUGUCGUGCAGACGCUGCUUGUGCUAGCAUUGUUCCUGAACUUCUACAAAAAGUCCUACAUUGAACCUGAGCGCCUCAAGGCGCCGCCAAAAGUCACGGCGAGCUAUGGAGACGCCACCAUGUACAAGCAUGAUCACAAAAAAGAUAUGUAACCUCUCGGUUAUUUUUCAGAGAACUAUUGCGCAUUGCAGAGUAGUGAAGAGCGUUGAUAGUUACUCUUUAUGCCACGGCUAUUUUGGCGCUUCAUUGUUUCUCUGAACGAAAUGCACGGCGUCCAAGCUGUACAAGCUCGUCGCUUUCGCCUCUUUAUUGCAUCGCUAUCAUGCCAGCAAUUCCCAAUUUUUCGUCAUCGCGUAACAAACCACUGUUCCGAUCCAAAUGCAAAGAGGAGACAUUGCAAUACCAUAGGAAGUUCGUAAAGAUCAAAGGAGAGCCCCAUUAGCACGAAAGAUCGAUGAUGUUCGCCUUUAAAAUAUUUCUGCGAUGUGGGAGGAUGCGGGACGAACUUGAAAAGUAGAGCUCGACGACAAUCACUGCGGAUGGUGGAGACGGAUGAAUCUACUAUUCGAUCAGGCGAAACAAGUGCUGAAUAAAUUUGGAGUUAUUAAUCAGACCUCAUGAAGUACAUACACACGAAUAAUGUAUAGGUAUGGGGCCCUACAAGGUGAGACCAUUGUAAAAGGUAAAACUACACGGUAUUGCAAUAUGUUUUCAUUUGAAUCUCCUGACGUCAAAAUUACGUAACCGGUGACGUAAGCAUAGGGCGGUCACCCGCAGCGUUGUUCGAACCGACCAACCAAAUGACUCCUCGUAUAAUUAUAGGAAGUCACUUUUGUUUGCUUUCAAAACGAAUAGAAUUGGCUAUCUUAAUAGGUUGUUCUUAUCUAAUUGGCUGUAGUGAGGAGCGCGCAGCAUUGAAGAGGGGUUCGGUGAGGCUAAGCUAGCGCCGUGAAAAGAGAUAACCGGAUGAGGAGGGUGGUGCCGGCGGGUGCGAUUGGCCCGUUAACACUUGCGUAGGUUGCGGUAGCUGGUCGAAAAUCGGGGUGCCGUGCAACAGAAGGUUAAACAUGCCGCUAAAACGAAUAUCCACAGAAGAGGAUUUAUCAAAACGAUGCCUUAAACGCACCGAAAGGGCUCAACAACUCUAUACUAUCAUGCAAGAAUGUUUAUCAUACGCAAGUAAAUUCAUACACUCUGGCAGCACCGAGUAGCCUGUGUGUGAGUGAUCGGUAGAGAAACAUCUAUUCCUUUCGGAACGGGGUAGUCUCCGGUUAUUGCGAAAAAAAUGCAGUUUUGUGAGGCAUAUUAAUGCAUUUUUAAUGCGUACAAGUAAUUUUGAGGUGGCGAGUUUUCGCACUCUUGUGACGUCGCGUGACAGACAGGCGAAGUGGACGCAGCCCGAAAAAGUUUGGCCAAUAGCGAUGGGCUAAUGGCAAAACGGCUGCAAAAUUUUUUCUUUUGUUCGGUAAAAUCAUGCAAAACCAGUUUGUACACGUCAUAUAAGACAUUAGCGCCAUAUUAGCGCCUGUUUCAGAAAUGGGAUAGAAACAGUUUGUAAUAACUUUACGUGAUAGCGCCUAUGGUUUAAUGAAGCUUGCACAAUUUGCUCGAAGUUUUUUUUUCUUUUUUUUCUAUCCUGUUGAAAAACCUUUGUGACAUGUUAUGCUACGUCCAGAGCCUUAUUUUAUCACAUGGUAUGUCUCCAUACAAACACAUGAUCAUGUGGAACUGUAUUAGGCGACAUGUGGGAAGCUAUAGCAAUGCUUGGAAAUUGGUAAACACCACUGCUUAAGAACUUGGUCGACAACUACAUUUCGCGUUAAAAGUAGACGUUGCUCUUGAUUUAUGUAUUCUUUAAGCAGGACAAAAUAAUCAGAUUACCUUGCGCUUUUUGCGUUGUAUAUGAAUUGAUGAAAUAGUUGGGGAGAUCUGAUCAAUGAUUGGCACGUAAUGUUUAUAUCACGUGCAAUUGUUUGCUCAUUUGGACAGAAGGCGUGGCUGCGUAGUAAAUAUAUACUAGCUUUCGCAAAGUCAUUUAUACAAAUAAAUAAUAUAAUUAAGAGUAUCUUUACAAAAAUUAACACACGUCUGUCUUCCAUCGCUGCACAGGUAAGGAAGCAAGUGCAUUAACCAAACAAAAAGCACAUGUAUGAUACCAGUUAUUAUGGUAAAGACAGCUUCGACAGGAAAAGCAUAUGCCGAAGGAAUAUGUUAAGCUAUAGGACGCCUGCUUCAACAGUUCACCGGCUGGAGUUACACUGCCGGUGAAUGUCACUUUCAUGACUAAUUAUGGACUACACAAAUAUAAUCAAGAGAACUUUUCCGUUAUAUUUGUACAGCAUUACUUGUGCUCUAAAAAAUGAGAACGUCAGCUUUCACUUUUAUUUAUUGGUAACAAUUUCAUUUAUGCUGUUCUGUUUCUGUUUCGUAUGAGCUUUUUCGGUGUCAUUCAUUCUUUAGGAGCCGUUAUCUUAAGGUUAUCCUUGAAGUUUCGCGAAUGUACAGCCGUCAUUAAAAGUAUGCGGACAUGGGGCUCUGCCCCCCCCC